GAGGAGUUAAACAAACCAGUGCACUCCACCUUGUCCCCAACUGAAACCACAGAGAAACUGAGGAAAUGAGUUUAUGAAGAUGGAAGGAAAGGACAUAGCCACACUUCUAGAGCUUGCUAUACAGAGUCUUCUGCAUAAUGAAUCUGCAGUAAUCAAUGCCCUUGGCGAGAUUCCAAAAGAACUAUUUGUUCCAUUGUUUAAUGCUGCUUUCAAGGGUGGACAUAAGAAGACAAUGGCAGACAUGGUGAAGGUUUGGCCCUUUUUCUGUCUCCAUAUUGGGAAAUUAAGUGUGCAGGAGCCACACUGUGAACUCUUGAAAGCCAUGGUUGAUGGUCUUCAGGUCUUUCCUUCCCAGAACUCUGCUUCUCGGAAAUCUGAACUGAGGAUCCUAGACUUAAGGCAAGACAUUGACUGCAGGACCACAUGUGCGGAAAUGAUUACCAAGUCCCCUAUGUGUCUGCAUGCUUGUACUUACUCUGAACAAUGUAUCCUGAAAGUAGAAGCAGCACAGUGUAGUAUUACCACUUCAGAGUUCGAGUCUCUGUCAUCCAAGCAGGCUAUUGAAUUACUAGUGGACCUCUCCCUUGAUGGAACACUGAGGGCGAGGGAAUUUAUUUCUCUGAUUAUCAGUAAAGUGGAGCAGAGUUUAGGAUCCUUGCACCUCUGUUGUCGAGAUUUGCAUGUUGAUGCAAUGUCUGACAGCAAAGGCAUCCUGAGCUUCCUGGAUCUUAAAUGCAUUCAUCACCUGGCAGUUGGUCAGGCUUCUCUGAGUGAAGUCACCACACUUUUGUCUAAGGUAGUCCAACUGAACAGCCUUAGUGUGUCUAAAAUCACUUUUAGCUCUUUGAAUGAGAAAAUCUUCACAACUUUUCUCACACAUCUUGGGCAAAUGGACCACCUCAAGAAACUCACCUUGACUUCAUUCUGUCUCACAAACCACCUUGAAAGACUGCUCAGAGUCCUGCCACCGGAUCUGGAUUACUUGCAUCUGUCUCUCUGUGAACUUUCUCACAGAGACUUCAUAUUUCUGGCCCAGUGCCCUCAGGCAAGUCAUCUUAAGGUGCUGAAUCUCAGUAACAACCCAAUGUAUUGGGAAGAUUUUGAGCUAUUUCAAGCUCUUCUAGAGAAUCUCUCAGGUACCCUGCAACAUCUAGAGAUAAAUCAUUGUCUGUUAACGGAUGCUACAUUCUCUGUUCUCCUUCCAGCCCUAAGCCGCUGUGCCCAACUCCGUGUCCUCAGCUUUGCCUCUAAUCCUAUUACGAUGACCAUGCUCAUGAGAAUCAUGCAGCACUUAACACCCUUGAAGGAGCUGAAGCAAGUGACUUAUCCUAUCCCUGUACACUGCUUUGACCUAUGGUACUUUCAAGGUCAUGUAGACCUACAGAAGCUAGGUGAUGUGCAAGCACAGCUGAAUGUGAUGCUUCAGGUGGCAGGGCGGAGAGACAUGAAAUGGGAGACUUAUUGUUAG